GCCCCGUGCCUCGUUCGUCGUCGUCGUCCUUCUAAUCCUCGCUUGUGCUUUAUUUCUUAUCAUCAGAGUUUUUUUUCAUGGCCUUUGAAAUAGUACCCUUUCGCUCCGUCUUGAUCGGAGGGUCUCUUCCAGAUUCAGGUCGGAGCUUCUCUCCAGGGUCGACCACAGCCUCGGGCCUAGGCUUCUUCGUUGCUUCUUCAUUCAGAUCAUACGUCUUAUCGCUUCAUUCUUUUCUCCGAAGCUGAAACAAAAUCGCCAGAGAAGCAACUGUCAAUCGGAGAUUUCAAAGCCUACCAAAGGUGGUCAACAACCGCGGUCAGCCGCGUUAGCCGCAUCGAAUCCUGUUCGACGUGACACAAUCGACCCUGAAGCCAAAUCGACACUGCGGUAGCCAAAACUAAGGACGAGGCCGAUCUUCCACCUUCAACGACGUUCCAUUCCACGAUUCGUAAGCAACUCGAGCGAUGAAAAAGACUUGUUUAAGCGAGUCGUUUAUUCCGUCACCGUCGUCAUACUCGGAACAACCGAGGCAGUCUCCAGAACCCGCUCACAUGCUGAUUGCGCUGCUCGCGUGACCCCUCCUUUGGUGAAGCGGAGCUGUAGUCUACAAAGGUCUACCGGACAAGACCGCACCGCUGCCAUUUUCUGACUCGAACACAUCACACACGGUGUGUGCAUCUGGUUGUCUCUCAACCAAGACCUAAUCUUGUCCCGAGACAUACAAUCUUCCCCCCUGUGGCCCCGUUGCUCUCUGGAUCUGGCCCUGGCCUUACACUACACAAGCAGAAACGAACGCCCAGACCCAAAAUUUCACGAGACCGUACCUACACUACAAUAGACUCCGGAAAUGCCUUUUACUACGCUAGAACGCUAGCGAGUACAAGACCAGACCGUUACCAGAUGGUGUAACGGACCGAGAAGGCAGACUACAAUCCAAUCCAGUCCGGUCCAGAAGCAGCGAGGCGCAGGCACGGACACACAAAAGUCAUUACAAACUUGGCUUUUCACUGUCCCGCCCGUGUGUGUGUGAUUUUCCCUGGGCAGGGUGAAUUGAGUGAAAGAUCUCGUCAGUGCUCUGUGUGUUUUACCCCUGAGCCAGGGGGUGGAGGGGGAACUACGGACACUGGACAGGGGGCGCCGGCCUCAGCAAGCGAGAAACGAACAAGACAAGACAAGCGUUGUGCAAGGCCCGCCGCCCUGAAAGCAAAGCAACGAAAACAAGCCGCGCCGCAACCGUUGGCAUCGCCUCACAUUAGGGCUCUUUCUUUUUUUUUUGCUUAUUUGGAAAAGAAAACAUUGCGAUUCAGCGAGGCAAUUUCGCCUUCAACACGACACCAACUUGUCCGUCGCGAAACAAGGACGGUGGCGUUUUGUGUUCGGGAGUACGGACCGGUACUGGGCAAACAAAAUACAUUCCAAAAUCCCCUCCCGGUCUCAGUCCGCCGAUAUCACCGAGAGACAAAGACGGCGGGGCUGCUGCUGCUGCUUGCAAGAAGUGGUUUCUGGAAUUGUUUGAGAAAAGCACAUACACUACACGACACUACACUAACAAGUGCACCUUUCGGGGCCCGCUCACUCCUCGUUUGAAUCGAUGAUCGACAGCAAAAAGGGCUGUGUUGAAUAGUGUAUACUACUUCCCCCGGCGUUUUCGUCACUUUUACUCCUUGCCUUGUUUCCAAGCGUUGCAAGCCAAGUGCCAACUCUAUUUUUGUCGGGUCGUUUGGAUCUCCCGUGUCCAACUCCACGCAUCGAUUCCACUGGAACUGAAGCGAAUGACAACAUCUUUCCACUUGCCAGAAAGGAAGCCAAGGUCGAAUGUCGAUAGCUGAGUUGAGGAAGAAGUGAAAUUUUGGAAAGUUCCGUCCCGUCAACUACCAUACUAGUAUCAUCCAAAGGAAGGACGGGACGACAAGUGACGACCGUGUAGGGGAUCCAAUCGGAUGGGACAAUUGAGAAUCCUUCAGUUCAAGGAGGUCCCGUCGUCGCUUGUCAUUGUUGUCGAAGCGGGAUUGAAGACGACCGGCCGAAACAAAGCCUCAUCAAAUAGGGGUCAAUCACCCUAUCCUAUAUUUCAAAAGAUUACAUACCGCAGACCCAAUACCUACGUGCCUACCUCUACCUAGCGCGCUUCGGAAUCCCUUCUCAGUGCAGAAGGUGGUGCUUUUGCAUUGCAGAAACAAGACGGACGGGAAGUCCGGCCGGGGUUACAACGAUAGCGGCCGCAGGAUCGCAACAUCCGGCAGCCAUCGUACAGCCUGGAGACAGGGGGGUGGGUUGGAUUGAAGAAAAGAAGAAGAGAAGGGAAGGUAGCAUCGCAUUCACAUCGCAUCGGGUCGGUCAAAAGAACAAAAGAAACAACCCUUGGUCACUGUCCACAGUUACAGUUGGCUGGCUCACUGGCUGGCUGCUCCAGCUGUUUGGAACACUCACUCGGCUGCAAGUGCAAGGGAAGGGAACAAACUCGACCAACGAAGAAGAAGCGGUUCACGCCCCCCGGGUGCAGGUCCUGUCCUAUCAACCCCGAAUUGACCCUAGAGGUAGGUACCUCUACCUCUACCCCCCCGGCUAAGGUGCACAAGGUUCGGGUGUACCUUACAGGCUUGGUCCCGUCGGUCGGAUAGGGUGGAGGAUCUUCCGCUGUUAGUGGUUUAGUGCGCUGUUUCCAACGACCUACACAGCGGGGUCGGCUACACUAGCGGGGGGAAGUGGAAGGGGGUGCACGGACCUUCUUACCUUUACCUCUACCCUCCGUCUAGCACUGCACCCUGAGGAAUCUCCAUUCCCGUCGGGCGACCAGUGGGCAGAGGGCAGAGGGCAGGCACAGCUUUGUAGCAAACCCCUGCCCACACACCGGCAGUUCCAUUGGAAAAUCAGGAGACGGGGGGAGGGGGGAACACCCUAACUGGGACACACAAGCGGGCAGAGAGAGACGAGGGACGGGCGGGAAAGAGACAGGGACGAGAGGGAGGGAAAAAAAAAAAAAAAAAAAAAAAAAAGAGUUUGUUUCAUUCCAAACUGUGACCGUGACCCCGUCUCCAUCCAUCCUCCGCCCCGUCUCGGGAAACGAGUGAGGAACACCUACCCACUACCUCUACCUUGCCUACCUACCUACCUCACGUACACUACUCCCUACCUCCAUACAGUACUUCGUUACGUCGGGUACCUAGCUAGAGGUAGCUGAAACCCUGCUGGCUCUGUGUCUGGCCUGGGCUGCCCUGGCUGCCUGGCUGAGUGCCCUCCCUGCCUUCCAUGUCCACCAGGACGACCGGCCCAGAUUCCCUCACGUACCUUACCGUACCGUAAAGAUGGAGUUCCUGUCAGGCUAUGCAGCCGCAAGGGCCCCUUUAUCCGCCUACCAGGUCGAGCCGCCGCCGCCUCCACCGUCGACUUCAUCUUCUGGCCAGCUGCUGCAGCCCUCCUCCUCCUCCGAUCGUCGAGCGCCGCCGCCGCAUCCUCUCCAUCCCACCGUCACUCGCUCCAAGUCGACCUCGGGUGCUCACUCGCACAGACGCCAUCGUCAGUACGGCCACGCCCGCACCAACAGUGCCAGCACCACCGGCAGCAGCUCGGGUGCUCCUCUGCAGGUGGUCAGCAGCGCCGCCGGUCAUCAGCAGAAUCAUCAUCAUUCAUCGACACCAGCAUCGUCCUCCAGCAAGCACAGGCUGUUGAAGCCAGCUUGGUUACAGCCAAGUGGAACACAUCACCCACCAUCAGAUCGCAGCGACGACGCGGCCGCCACAAGCGCUGCGGCCAACUCUGCCUCAUCUGCCUCGGCGGGACCGGGACCCCGUGCGACCUCGUCUCUCGAACAUUAUCGCCCCUCGCGCCGCGACUUCCUCAGCCCUCCCUCAUCAUCCCAUCACCAGCACCGUAGCUACUAUCCCGACUGGAUACCUACGGCUGGCCUACACCCGAACCCACACCACGGCCACAGGCAGCUCCCCGCGACGUCUCGCAUCGAUACGCACGAUAGCAAAUACUGGACUUCUUCCAAUACUGCCAGCGCUGCUUCCGAGCCUUCGUCAGCCCGGUCGCCCGUUUCUCGCGACGGAACCCGCACACUCGCGCCCACUGCGAGCAACAACCUCAGUCUUGUCGGAGGAGGAGCUGGCGCCUCCAUUGCUUUUGCCGCCCACGCCGCCUCCAGCAUCCUCGAGCGUGGUCGUCACGUGCCGCCGCCGCCGCCGCCGCCCCAUUCCCAGGGGCAACACCAUGCCAGUAGCGCAGCCGGCGCCAUGCCUCUCUCGUCCGGCACCAGCUCCAAGAUCUCUGGUUACGAUGGCUCCCGCGCUGAAAGUGUCUCCAGCAUCGCUGGCACCACGGUAAGCAGUCGGACAUUCCUCUCGAGCGACCCGCUUCCGAACCCCGAUCAGCUCGCCAACAACGAGGCCCGACCCUUUGUUGUGCGCAGCGGCCGAACCUACAUCUCGGAUCCGACGCUGGCGUACCCGCUGCCCGUCGAUCUCGAGGAAAUACAUAGGCAGACGCUGAGGACGCUGUUGCUUCUGCAGCUCUUUGGCAAGCCCAUAUGCUCGCCCGAGUUCGCCGACCAGCCACCCAAGCGCAUUCUGGAAAUUGCCUGCGGCUCUGGCGUUUGGUCGAUGCUCUGCUACAAGCACUACAAGAAACUCGGCCAGGCUGACGGCAUUUCCUUUACGGGUAUUGACAUUGCUCCCCUGGCUCCACCCAGUAGCUCAGGCAACAGCGACAGUAGCGAAGGGCGCCGCAGCAACCGCGCCUCUUCUUCGUCUGCUACCUUGUCAGCAGCAGGUGGAGGUGGCGCCACGAGCUCUUCGGGGAUGCAACCUGACCCUCAAAUGAAUUGGCGUUUUGUUCAGCAUGACUGCCGCAAGUUCCCUUUUCCCUUUCCCGACGGCUCGUUCGAUUUGAUCAUGUGCAAGGACGUGUCUCUCAUCACCACUACUGCCAUGCAGCAGCCGUUGAUUGACGAGUACAUUCGCCUUCUUGCGCCGGGCGGUGCCAUCGAAAUCUGGGAAAGCGAUCAUACCCUGCGCAUGUUGAGGCCCCACGUCCCCGAACAUAUGCAGAACUCGUCAGCGCCGGCCGCUGGUGAGGAUGGGCAGCCGGCUGAAGGUAGCGAGGACAACGAAGUCGAGAAAAGCCCCGAGGAAAUCGAAGCCGCCGAAGCCGCCCGCAUGGGAGCCUACGUAAUGACACCCAACACUCCGCUCUCCUCCCCGCUCAACCAUUUCCUGGUGGAAUACAACGCCUGGCUGUCCAAAGCCCUCGAAGCCCGUUCUCUGUCGUCCAUGCCCUGUACCCUUAUCGGCCCCAUAAUGCUGCAAGAAGCCGAGACCCUUACGGCGAUGGGCAACAAGCGGCUGGCUGUCCCGCUAUCAGAAGUCCGUUGGGAGCGCGAGGGCGUGGGCGGUGUGGUGACCAAGGAUGGAAAGGCGUUUAUUUCGACGAAGCCGAGUUUUUCGAAUCUGCAAAUGGAUGCGAAUGGUGGAAUGGGAAAGACGUUGGGGCCGGAAGCGCGGGCACUGAGGAGGACGGCGUUGAUCACGGUUGUGCAGAUGAUUCAGAGUUUGGAGCAUAUACUGAGGGAUGUGAGUGGAAAGAGUCAGGACGAGUGGGAUGCGUGGUUGGGUAAGAUGAUGAAUGAUUUGGUGGAGGGGAAUGGGACGAGUUGGGGAGAGUGUUUGGAGGUUGGAGUAUGGUGGGCCAGGAGGAGGUGAGGUGAGGCUGUUUGAGGUUGAGGAAGUAACGAGGGAGAGCAGUCAAGGGAGGUGUAGUUUCAUUUGUGACGGAUCGAAUGGUAAUUUCUUAAUGGUGGCCUCUGUUUCUGGAGUCGAAAGGAAGGAGGCCGGGAUAUAGGGUGAGCGUGUUUUGGAUAGGUAUGGAUGGGUGGAUGGGAUUGGAUGGGAUGCAUCUGGGUGGGUAGGUCUGGUGGAAGAUGUCUUGGAUGGACUUAUAUAUGGAUAGGUAUAUAGGAAAGAUGGACCUGUGAAGUCCAGUCGCAUCUGUCGGAUCAAGAUCCCUUUAUUUCGAGUCCAAAACUUUGCUCAUAUCCGAUGACACCACUGUCAUGUGUAUAUUUUCGGGAGCUCUAGAGGUAGUUCGACUGACACCUGAAGAGAUCCCAGGCCAUCGCAUCGCACUUUAAAGAAUACAAGUUUCCUUCCUUCACACGUAUGUAGAGGUAUAACUAGCACGAAUCAGCACACUAACCCUU